GAGGGUUUGACAUAUUUGCUAAUUCACUCCCUUAAGUAUUUUGUUUUUACAAAACCCAUGUUUGUCAUUUUAUAUAAAACACCGCGUUUGUUCUCUCUCCACCGCAUUUGCUAAAGCGGCGGUCGGGGGAUCUCCUAACUCUUGUCCUAAAAUCGCCGGGAAAACGCCGUGAACAGGCCGCAGCCUCCCAUUCGUCGAAUUUUCAGCACUAACCUUUUUCUUCUCCAUCGGGGGGGCCUUUGAGGACAAUCUGAUUUCACCGCCGCCGCUUUCAAUUUCCCGAUUUUCCGUUCAUCGUCUCCCAUUUUUGGUCUGCCCUCUCUGCGGUUCAGGCGUAUAUCGGCCUUGAAGAUGGCAUCAUUGCAAGAAAGAUUGGAUAAGUUCAAGAAACAACAAGAGAGAUGUCAGACCACACUUACAAGCAUCGCAAAACAAAAUCCCAAAGCAACACCUCCGAAGCCUGCAUCCUCCAGCAUGUCCACUCCUUCCCCUCCAAUCAAAUUUUCAAAUGAUACGGAGAGGCUUCAACACAUUAACAGCAUAAGGAAAGGUCCUGUUGGGGCUCAGAUUAAAAGAGUGAUAGACUUGCUUUAUGAGACGAGGCAAGCGCUGGAUCCGGACGAAAUAAAUAGGGAAUGUUAUGUUGAUUUGAAUGCAAAUAAGGCUGUCUUUGACAGUUUGAAAAAGAACCCAAAGGUGAAUUAUGAUGGGCGUAGGUUCUCUUACAAGUCUAAGCAUAACAUAAGAAAUAAGGAUCAGCUACUCGACUUGAUCCGCAAGUUCCAGGAGGGCAUUGCUAUAAUUGAUCUCAAGGAUUCAUACUCCAAUGUCAUGCAAGACUUGCAGUCACUCAAAGGCACAGGUCAGAUAUGGCUGCUCUCCAAUUUUGACUCACAAGAGGACAUUGCCUACCCAAAUGAUCCAAGGGUUCCCAUUAAAGUUGACGAAGAUUUAAAACAAUUGUUUCGGGGAAUUGAAUUACCUCGUGACAUGCUCGAUAUUGAGAAGGAUCUUCAAAAGAAUGGGAUGAAACCCGCUACAAACACAGCAAAGAGAAGAGCCAUGGCGCAAGUUCAUGGAAUAUCCAACAAGCCCAAGACGAAAAAGAAGAAGCACGAAAUCAGCAAGAGGACCAAGCUUACGAAUUCUCAUCUUAUGCACCUCUUCCAGUAAUUCCUAUAUCCCUGGAGGAGAUUGUAACACUUUCAGGAGCAAAGAAUGGCUCCUCAUCAUAAAUGUUUAUAUAAUUUUUAUUCACCAGCGACGUUAAUUGUUCAAUUUUGUCAUUUGGCUUCUGAAUUGUAGAACCUGGCCCAAUUUGACAUGUGGUCAAUGCUACUUAAAUUUGUAUGUAUAGUGGAUUGUAUAAUGCACAAUGCAUGUUGCUGAAAAAUAAGACGUUGGUUUACAAUGUUUUUGUUUUAGCUCAUCCAUUUGCUUCAUGCUUGUUUUCUACAUUUUUUUUUCUCAUGGGGUAAGAUUGAUUGUGUGAAAUGGCAAGUUUUUCUUACAAUUUGGGUGUCGUCAACCAAUUAGCCUUGUAUCUUUUGCAUUAUAUUUUAAUCUCUAUUAUGAUUGCCUGAAAAUAUAAACGUAAAUUAAUAAUCCUUCAUCAGUUUUUUUUUUUUUUUAAUACGUUGGAAGCCAUUAGGCUUUAGCUUACAAAACAUCCUUUAGGGAGCGGGGUGAUUCUACCCAAUCUAAAUUUAACCUUUGACGGAGGAGUUGACAAAAU